GAGGAGAGAAUGACUGGAAAGUGGAUAACCGAGGUGAGCACCUGAAUCUGCACACCUGCAGCUCGUUAAACACUGAUAGCCAUUAACGAGCCACCUUUAAUUGGCGGCUGACGCGUAGUUGAGAAUGAAAACAGCUCUUACUGUAAGACAACGGAGCUCUCCUCAGCUGUUUGGGAGCGAGGCGGGACUGAAAUCUCGUUUGUAACAACUUUGUGGAAAUAUGUAACAAACAGAUGAGGACGGAAAAUGGAGCAGUCGGCAACCCUCAAUAUAGAGAACCUCAAGGCCUUCUGCUGCGACCUUUUUGUUGUGCUGGACUUAUUGGACAUCACUCAUCUCUGCUGGUCCAACUUGCUUUGACUCAAAAGAAGUGCACAGACGGCCAUCUUUCUGUCCCUCUAUCCAUCAAUCAGCCAUCCACCCAGAAAGGGCACUGCCUGCCAAACGAUGAAGCCAUUGUGACAAACUUCAGUGAUUGUCGCGCCAGCAGAGAUGAAGGAGCCUGAGGGAAAAAGGAAAGGGGGGGGGAAGAGAAAAAUUGGAUUUCGCAUAUUACCCAGGAGCAGUUUAUCCUGGCCUCGCAGUCCCUGCACCUCCAGCGUCCGGGCUGUGAAGCCGUAUAUCCAGUGGGGCUGUACGGCUGGAGGAAGAGAUGCCUCUAUUUCUUCCUGCUGCUGCUCCUGGUCACCAUGAUAGUAAACCUGGCCCUCACUGUCUGGAUUAUUAAGGUCAUGAAUUUUUCAACGGACGGGAUGGGCGAACUGCAGCUGAACCAGGACGGCCUUCACCUGGAGGGAGUCGGCGAGUUCCAGAUGCCUCUGUAUGUGAGCGAGAUCCAGUCCAGAAGGGACAGAUUGUUGGUCUUGCGGUCAGAAAAGAAUGUAACGCUGAAUGCCAGAAACCACCAAGGCCAGUUGACCGGUCAGCUUACAGUGGGUCCUGAGGGUGUGGAGGCUCAGUGUCAGAGGCUGGAGGUGCGAAGCAGUGAUGGUGGCAGACUCCUGUUCUCUGCAGAUGAGGAAGAAGUCACAAUGACAACAGAAAAGUUUACCGUCACAGGUUCCGAAGGUGCCGUGUUUGGACACUCGGUGGAGACUCCGCUGAUCCAGGCGCCGACGUCCGAGGAUCUGAGGUUGGAGUCGCCAACGAGAACCCUGACCAUGGAGGCUCCGAGAGGGGUGGAAGUGAGCACGGCCACGGGGACGCUGAAGAUCGGCAGCAGAAAGGACCUGCAGCUGGAAGCCACAGAGGGAGAGAUUCUCCUUGAUGCCGACAGCAUUCGGCUGGAAAACCUCCCGCUCGGCCUCUACGCCGCGUCCGCCGGCGAGCCCUUCAGGAAGCAGGCCGUGUACGAGGUGUGCGUCUGCCCCAGCGGCAAGAUCUACCUUUCUCCAGCUGAGAGCGUUUCCACCUGCCAGGCCAUGAGCAGCAUCUGCCUUUGGAGCUGACCUGAGAGCUGCAUGUCGUGACGACGAGCAAAACCUGGGUAUCGGCUCUGCGAUCUGAGAUUACUGGAGUGGAGACGGGAAGCUUCAAGCUCUGAGCUGUCAGCGCUCAUAGCAGGACAGAAGCGUUCAAACCGCUGCCUGCAGAGCAUCGACGGAGGCUCACACUUCACUGACUGACUGACUGAGGAGGAAAGUCGGAGAAGUUCUCUGAAACCAGGAAUAUGUACAGAUCAGUUGUCACAAUCAAACCACAGACAGAGGAUACAACUUUUAUUUUUCUACUUUUAGGUUUAUGGAGAUUGUUUUAAAUUUGAAAGAAAAAAUAAAUAAAUAACAAGGUGCCUUCAGUUUUAAAUGGCGUCACGUUGAAACCGUCUUGUCAAUUAGACACAAAGGGAUUUAAAAAAAAAAAAUAAAGCAAGCACAAACGAAAA